AUGAUCGAUUACACGGUGAUCCGUGACCUAAUAUAUUUCGAAUUUAUCGCGUUCAGUGAUCAAGGUCAUUGUCACACCUUUCGAAUCUUGUGGAUUGCCACAGUAGUGGCAGUACUCUUCGCACACAAUGCGCAAGCAUCGAGUGAGAAGAGCAAAAGAGCGAUAUUAGGCAAUGGAGGUUACGCAUAUGAGCCGCCAAAUGAAAUAUUCCCUUUCCCAACGAGGGCACCUCCACCGAGACCAACGCCAGUGAAUCCUCCACGAGAAAAUACGGGAUACCAUUAUGAAACACCUAGCCAUCCAUUCCCAUUACCGACUACUCGGCCACCGCAACCACCACCAGGGCCUACAACAAGGUUUCCACCUACACCUCCACGUACACCAGAUUACUCGUAUCCCACUCCAUUCCAUACAACACCACCACCGCGACCACCUCCAGUGACAUUUUCGCGGGGAACUACGGGGUACAGUUACUCAACACCUACUAACCCAUUCACAUACCCGACACUUCGGCCAGAGCAUACAACACCAAGGCCAGAGACCUUCCCAACAAGACAACCACCUACACCUCCACGCACACCAGAUUACUCGUAUCCCACUCCAUUCCAUACAACACCACCACCGCGACCACCACCAGUGACAUUUUCGCGAGGAACUACGGGGUACAGUUACUCAACACCUACUAACCCAUUCACAUACCCGACACUUCGGCCAGAGCAUACAACACCAAGGCCAGACACCUUCCCAACAAGACAACCACCUACACCUCCACGCACACCGACUUACACGAAUACUGCCCCACCGUAUCAAACUUCACCAACAAGACCACAUCCACCGGGACCACCAGGAUACAGUUAUCCAGUACCACCAAGACCAUUUACCGAGCCAACAUAUCCACCACCACGGCCUCCGACCCCGCCACCGUACGUGCCGCCUUCUCCACCGAGAACACCACCACCAUACGUACCACCAUCUCCUCCACAGCCACCUAGACCACCAGUUACACCACCAUAUAUACCUCCUUCUCCACCUCAACCACCGAGAACACCGCCACCACUCCCACCAAGGCCACCAACUCCGCCACCAUAUAUUCCUCCUUCUCCUCCACAGCCACCUAGACCACCAGUUACACCACCAUAUAUACCUCCUUCUCCACCUCAACCACCGCGAACACCGCCACCACCUCCACCAAGGCCACCAACACCACCACCAUACGUACCACCAUCUCCUCCACAGCCACCUAGACCACCAGUUACACCACCAUAUAUACCUCCUUCUCCACCUCAACCACCGCGAACACCGCCACCACCUCCACCAAGGCCACCAACACCACCACCAUACGUACCACCAUCUCCUCCACAGCCACCUAGACCACCAGUUACACCACCAUAUAUACCUCCUUCUCCACCUCAACCACCGCGAACACCGCCACCACCUCCACCAAGGCCACCAACACCACCACCAUACGUACCACCAUCUCCUCCACAGCCACCUAGACCACCAGUUACACCACCAUAUAUACCUCCUUCUCCACCUCAACCACCGAGAACACCGCCACCACUCCCACCAAGGCCACCAACUCCGCCACCAUAUAUUCCUCCUUCUCCUCCACAACCCCCAAGGCCUCCAACUCCGCCACCGUACAUUCCUCCUUCCCCACCGCAACCCCCUAGACCACCAGUUACUCCACCGUAUAUACCUCCUUCUCCACCUCAACCACCGAGAACACCGCCACCACUCCCACCAAGGCCACCAACUCCACCACCGUAUAUACCUCCAUCUCCACCACAACCACCUAGGCCACCAACUCCACCACCAUACGUUCCUCCUUCCCCACCGCAACCACCAAGGCCUCCAACUCCGCCACCAUACAUUCCUCCUUCCCCACCGCAACCACCAAGGCCGCCAACUCCGCCACCAUAUAUUCCUCCUUCUCCUCCACAACCACCAAGGCCUCCAACUCCGCCACCGUACAUUCCUCCUUCCCCACCGCAACCCCCUAGACCACCAGUUACUCCACCGUAUAUACCUCCUUCUCCACCUCAACCACCGAGAACAACGCCGCCACCUCCACCAAGGCCACCAACACCACCACCAUACGUACCACCAUCUCCACCGCAACCACCUAGGCCUCCAGUUACCCCACCAUAUAUACCUCCUUCACCACCACAACCACCUAGGCCACCAACUCCGCCACCAUAUUUACCUCCUUCUCCUCCACAACCACCUAGGCCACCGACUCUACCACCAUAUAUACCUCCUUCUCCACCUCAACCACCGCGAACACCGCCACCACCUCCACCAAGGCCACCAACUCCACCACCGUACAUACCACCAUCUCCACCACAACCACCAAGGCCACCAACUCCACCACCGUACUUACCUCCUUCUCCGCCACAACCACCUAGGCCACCGACUCUACCACCAUAUAUACCUCCUUCUCCACCUCAACCACCGCGAACACCGCCACCACCUCCACCAAGGCCACCAACACCACCACCAUACGUACCUCCAUCUCCACCGCAACCACCUAGGCCUCCAGUUACCCCACCAUAUAUACCUCCUUCACCACCACAACCACCAAGGCCACCAACUCCACCACCGUACUUGCCUCCUUCUCCACCUCAACCACCGAGAACACCGGCACCAUUUCCACCAAGGCCACCAACUCCCCCGCCGUACUUACCCCCGUCUCCGCCGCAACCACCCAGACCGCCAACUCCACCACCAUACAUACCACCAUCUCCGCCACAACCUCCAAGGCCACCAAUUCCACCGCAACCACCUAGGCCACCAACUCCACCGCCGUACAUACCUCCUUCCUCACGCCAACCACCUGGGCCACCAACUCCACCGCAACCACCAAGGCCUCCAACUCCACCACCAUACAUACCUCCUUCCCCUCCACAACCACCAAGGUCUCCGGUUACCCCACCGUAUAUACCUCCUUCUCCACCUCAACCACCAAGACCUCCAACUCCACCACCAUACAUUCCUCCUUCCCCUCCGCAACCCCCUAGACCACCAGUUACCCCACCGUAUUUACCUCCAUCUCCACCACAACCACCGAGGACACCGCCUCCUCCACCACAAAGGCCACCAACCCGUCCACCAUACAUACCUCCAAGUAGACCAUCAACUCAUGGAGACACUUAUCUCCCACCCUUCUCAAGCACACCACUACCUCCAACAACACGAACUCCUCCAACCACAUAUAUACCUCCACGAACUACUCAGAGACCAACCACCUACGUACCGCCAACACCUAACACUUACCUACCACCUGUAACACCAUCCAGUGUAUAUCCAACGCACUCUACGUACACCACUCCAGGACAUAUACCAUCCUACACCACACCCACCAGUGGAUAUCCAACGCACUCUACGUACACAACUCCAGGACCCAUACCUUCCCACAGUACACCUUUCUUCACCACCACUCGAAGGCCUAGCACAUUUCCCGAAGUGCCCACUUUCCCAUCUAUCGGACCAGGCACGAGAGCUCCGCCGUACCUUCCUCCCUCUACUCCCAGCACUCCGCGUGUCACGGUGACACCACCACCUCCUCCCACGCCGCACUACACCCUCGUUCCCACGUCGACUAUCUACACACCACCGCCAACUGGUAAACCCGUCCCUCCACCCACUUUGCCGCCAACAACGAAGAGGCCAACAGGGUACUUCUACCCAAUCCCGGAGAAUCCAUUCGAACUGCCGCCUUUCGUUCGAUGA